AUGAAUACUUCAUCAAGAAUAACUUACUUUAUCAUCGGUGGUAGCCGUGGAAUUGGUUUUAAUUUGGUCAAAAUUUUAAGCGCUUCUACGGGCAAUACAGUUAUAACCUCUAUUCGUGGAUCACCUUCAUUACCCAAGAACAAACAAGUGGAAGAUUUAGCAAAAAUCAGGAAGAAUAUCCAUAUUGUCCAACUUGACCUUACAAAGGACGAAAGUAUUGGCAAUAUUGCGGACGAGAUCAAGAAAACGCCAUUCUUCUUGGGUAUUGAUAUUUUUAUCGCAUGUUCUGCAGUAUCUGAUUCUUAUUACAAGGUCCUGGAAACUCCCAAAUCAGUCUGGCUCAACCAUUAUAGCACAAACGCUCUGGGUCCGAUACUAGCCCUUCAAAAAGUUUAUCCACUGCUUCUUUUGAAAAAGACGAGGAAGAUAUUCUUUAUCUCUAGUGUUGCAGGAUCUAUCAAUGCGUUUGUACCACUUUCUGUUUCCGCUUAUGGUCAAUCGAAAGCUGCCUUGAAUUAUGCGGUAAAGACGCUCAGUUUUGAAUUGAAACCGGAGGGUUUUACUGUCGUUGCUUUUCACCCAGGUAUGGUAUCUACUGAUAUGGGCCAAUAUGGCCUUGAUCAUUUUAAAGAGAAGAAUAUAGACAUCAGCGGCGUAAAUAUUAUCACACCAGAAGAAAGUGCCUCUGCGCUAAUUGAUGUCUUCCGAAAAAUUUUACCAGAAGAUAAUGGAAAGUUCUUCAACUAUGACGGCAGCGAAGGCGUCUUUUAG